UGUCUCCCUGCGCGUGACGUGAUGCACUACUUUCAGCGAACAGCCUAAUUUAUGUAUGAAUCGUUUGGACGCGGUGAUUGCGAGGGAAAAGAGGGAUGUUAAAAGAAGAAUAACACCGAAACGUUAGCGCAGUUGCAGCGCUGGUUUAAAAACACGGAUAUAAUUCUCGGGUUGAAUUAGAAGCUCGUGCCCGCGCUUGUUUGAUGGCUGCUGAUUUAUCCAGUCAUUAGUGAGUGAAUGAAUCUUCGAUUUCAGCUCCAGCCCGAGGACAUCACACUAGCAAACAUGUGUUUGUACUAUAGUGUCAGACAGAGUACAUCGGUGUAAACGCGACAGUGUUGUGAGAUCAGGCGGAAUGGCUCCGCGGUGGAUCACGUUCAUCGCUUUACUGUGGGAGUUCCAGUGCUGCGUGUGCCGUGAGGUCACUCUUCCCGCCGGUCCACUCUACCGGGUCGCCGGUUUCUCGCUGUCCCUGCCCUGCACCGUUUCGGGAUACGAAGGCCCGCGGAGUCAGGACUUUGAGUGGUUCCUGUACCGGGAGGACGCUGGGACUCAGAACAUCGGUGUGGUGUCCACGCGAGACACACGGUUUCCGUACGCGCCGUUCCAGGGUCGCGUACAGGCGGGCGAGGUUCGGGUCGAGAGGGACUCGGGCGACAAAGCCAGACUUGUAAUCCAAAGGCUCCGUCCAGAUGAUCAGGGCCGUUACGAGUGUUACACGCCCAGCACUGACUCGCGCUUCCUGGGGAACUACAGUUCAUCAGUGGUAGUCAAAGUGAUUCCAGAUACGCUGCUGAUAACACACUCUCGCAUUCUGAGCGGCCAGCCUGUCAUCGAAGGCACGGAGCUUCAGCUGACAUGCGCAGCGUCCGUCCAAUCAGUACAGCACACUCACGUGUCCGUCACGUUCGGCAUGCGGAGCAGCAGGGGGGCGGAGUCUCUGGGUCACAACCUGAGAGAAAUCAUCGCCAUCGACCGCGAGCUGCGCGUGACUCCGGGUCACAGCGGCGGUUACGGAAAGAGAUACAGAGAUGGAGAGAUCGCUCUGGAAAAGCGGAAAGGGGACGGAGGCAGGGAUCUGUACGUGCUGAAGAUGAGCGCUCUGGCACCGGAGGAUUCUGGGUCAUAUUUCUGCGAGGCUGUGCAGUGGAUCAGAGAUCCGGAUGGCCAGUGGGAACGCAUCGCGCAGAGGACCAUGGAGCUCGGGAAUCUCACCGUUCAACCUCUCGUGGACACGCUGACGGUGCGCUCGGCUCCAGGCGGUGACGUCUCGCUGCAGCCCGGCGCUCCUCUCAGCCUCUCCUGUCAGGUGUCCGGCAUGGGCGCGUGGAACCGCUCGGCGCUGCUCGUCCAGUGGAUGCGGCGCGGGCCGACGGGCGGUGUGGAGGUGGAGGUGGCGCGCGUGGGCCCUGACGGCGUGGUGACCUGGGGCGAUGAUGUCAGCAGAGCGGGAGGCGGCAGUAUGGAGAAAGAGGCUGAUGGGAGGUUCUCUCUGCGCCUGUUCUCCGUUCACCCCUCUGACGCCGGACUCUACCGGUGCGUCGUGAGCGUCUACGCCGGGAAACAGACGCCAGGACCGUCGAGUCCCGCAACGAUCACCCAGAGAUCAGAGUGGGUCACUGUGAGCCUGAAGACUGAAGACGUGCAUGUUUCUGCCACCAUCGAUCUCCCUCGCCGGCCGCUCCUGAGGCGCGGCAGUACGGUCACUCUGCUCUGCAACAUCUCCGUGGAAACGACCGCUUCUUCACAGGUGGAGGUGCAGUGGCUUCAGAAGCCAGAGGAACCAGCGAAGAAAGACGUCACGUUUUCUGAGGACAGCAAAGGCCGCCUCAUAGCGACCCUGACCUACGACGGGCUCGCGCGGAUCUACAGCAACGGCAGCGAUCUGAGCGUCGACCGCGUGUCCGCCGCCAGCUACAGGUUACGAAUCUUCUCGGCCAGCGAAGAGGAUCAGGGACACUAUCAGUGUCAGGCGGAGGUUUGGUCGCAGGAUCCGCACGGCGGAUGGUACAAUACGGGUGCGAGAGCAGAGUCGGUGACCGCACACCUGUACCUGUACGCACGAGUUGCUGAUCUGCUGCUCAUUCCUCUGGUGGUCGGCGUGUCGUCGGCGCUGUUCGUGGGUGUGUUGAUUAUUGCGACGGUGACGUGCUGCUUCAUGAAGAGACUGGCUAGACAGCGCUCUCACAUCAGGAAGUAGGAAGUAUGAAAGAGACUUUCGUGGAAAACCAGUGAGAACAAAAAACAGGUUUUAAGCAGGUAUUUUGGCUGACUUGACGUACUCGCAAUCGGAAACGGCAUCAUGACGAUACUGAUGAUGUAAUGAAGCGUCACGUUUAUGUGGAUGUGGACACAAACGCAUGUAGAUUCACUUCAAGCUGUGACAUUGUGAUCUGCACCGUUUCUGUUUGCUUUGCUCAGAAUGAAGGAAAGUGCGUCACAUGGUGGAUAUAAACCGCUCUCUCUCUCUCUCUUCCACUAGAACCUGAAUGCAGUUGUUUUGGAGAUCUAGCAGAACCACUAAAGUAAACCCACAGAUGUCCAGCACUGAAAUCACUCACUGUUUUACGGUGCUAUAAAAUGUGCUCAUAAUUCAGUGUCAGAUAAACAGAAUACAUGUUCGUAUAAAAUACUUUUAUGGCACUUUACGGCAUGCCAUAGUUUUUCACUUUUUGUAUUCAAAAAGUGUAUGAAAUAUAUUGAAUAUACUGAGCAGUUCCUGCCUCGUGCACGUUUGUUUCACAGUGACGUGUUCUUAUAGUUCGAUCUUAUAACGGUUAUUUUGUUCUACAUUGUGAAUGGUGAAUUUUACAAGAUUAAGAAAUGCCCGGGUCAUAUUUUACCUCAAAUCUAAAGAAAAAUAAUUACUUUUGGUCGUAAGUUUGUUUGUUUGUUUUUUCUGCACAGUUUGCAUAAUAUUUUCAUGGAAAUUUAACAAAUAUAAAACAAAUUAAAACCAAUUUACAACCUAUAUUUAAAUUUCUCUUUUCUAUUUCUGUAAUGCAUCUGAUAUAGACAUUGUGAUUUAUUUAUUUUUUUAAUGUGUGUGUGUGUGUGUGUGUGUAUAUAUAAUAUAUAUAUAUACUCACACACACAUCUAAUUUUACAUCUAAUAAAAUACAUCUCAUUUUUUUCAGUGCAAAAAUUGCAGUGAUUGUACUAAACCUAUUAUUGUACUUAAUUGCAUUUAAGAAAGUAUACAGUAAUAUAAUUUUGUAAAUGUAUAAUUUUUGCAUUACAGUAAUGAAAAUUGUGGAUGAAAAAGUGUUUAAAUAAUGUGAAGAAAAUCUUUAAAAGAAACAAUUUACUUUUUAAAUUAUAUUUUCGGUAGUAAGAUUUUUUUUUUUUUUUUUUUUUUUGCACAGUUUGCAUAAAAUUUUCAUGAAAAUUUAACAUAUAUAAAACAAAUUAAAACCAAUUUACAACCUAUAUUUUUCCCCCAUAAAUUCAGUGCAAUUGAUUUUUGUACUAAAAAAAAAACUAUAAUUGUAAGAAAAAUAUAUGUAAUUUUGUAAAUGUAAAUGUAAAUGAAAUAAUGUGAAGAAUGUUUUUUGGGUGAAAUACGCCCCAGACAAUUCUUGUCAUUUUUGUGAAAUUCACCUGAAUACAAUAAAUGAAUGAUCUCAGUGAUCAGAACCACUGAGUAACAAAGGGCCAAAUGAGCUAGUUUACCAUGUUACCUAAAGGUACCACCAAAAAUCAAACCACUACUUGGAGAAUUUACUGAAACAAAACCACGUUACCUUAAAAAGACACAGAACUGAGAGGAGAGAAGCUCUGAAGCGAGACGAUAAAUGAAGUCGCUCAUGUAAACACGGCGUGAGCUCUGAGCCGAGAGUUACUUGAAAUGCCGUUCAGGCUGCCAGGAUUUCCAACUGCACUUAAAGGACCAAAGUGGGACAUGGACCAAAUCUUGUACAUUUGAAAAUCGUCCAAAUGUUAAACCGCUCUUCAGCGUUACUAUAAUUGUACCGUUUUGUGCAUCUGGGUCAUUCUACAAAACAGGUGCCUUUUGUGUCCAUCAUUAACGUGUGAAUAAUGACUUCAGGAAUGGAAUAAAGUGUUUCAUUGUGCUGUUCUGUAAGUGAACUCGGCGUACAGUCUCCUCUUUAAUCAAUAUCUUAGCCUUUUUAGAUGAUCUAAAACUUAUGACUGCAAUCUAUUUUAUAUAGUAAGUGUUUUUGAAAAAUGAUGUUUUUAGAAACAUGACCCACUUACAUGUUGUGCCUGUUUUAAAGGCAUAGUUAUGUCCCGACAUUUAUUAAUUUAGCUUGAGAAUCAGUUUUUGAAAUCAAAACCACCCGUUUCAUAGAAUGACCCAUUUGUUAAAAUAGUGUUUGUUUGUUUUUUUUGAAGGAAUGGAUGAUAGAGGAACUGUUUUUACUUCAUUUUCUCCAUGCAUUCACUGAAAUAUGGGUUAGACAGUAGGUUAGAUAGAUGGACUAGAGAUGUUCGUGGUUUUUGAGUCUCAGAAUCGUUCGGCUGAUGUGAUUUCUGCAGCUGGUCUCUCUGGGAUUGUACUAAUGUGAAAGCCACAUUAACAUCAGGGAUCCUGUGUUUCUGUACUUAUUUACAGCGUUCAGACGCUGAAAUCUGAUUUAUCCUCUUAUGCCACGUGACUAAACGCUGAAUGACAGUCAACAGAAUAUUCUCUGGAUAUUAAUCCUCUUGUUUACGGUCCGAAACAUCUCGUGUCAUGCCGACUGUUUCAGACGGUAGCCAUCUUGUUCUCUUUCCUCAGUUGUGAUGUAACAUGAUUUCAAUAAUUACAGCAUUUAUGCCGUGAUAAAUUGUGCAUGAAAUGCGUUGUUGACCCCGAUUGUGUGAAUUUGGCUCAGAGUUGUAGGCUGGAUUAAAUGUUUUUAGCUGGAAAUGAUCAUGCUGAAACACCAACGUUUGUUGUCUUACCUUUUAUGUGCAUUACAUAAUAUGCAGUAAUGCGGUGCUCAUGUUUGGUUUUGAAGCUGUAACACUGUGUUUUCUUGCACUGCGUUUUGUAGUCGGUGGUUUCAUUGUCUGCUUCUGUUUUGAGGUUCCUGAAUAAAACAUGCCCUGAUAA